AUGUCAAGCGUGAUGUACCAAGUUGACGUUGUUGUGCUUGUUGUGUCAUUCAUAUUCAUAAUUCAAGUUUCAACCAAACUUUCAACACCGGAGUCGAAUAAAGAUUUCCGUCACAGGCGUGGAAACCUUGAAAUGGAAGACCCAGCUUCUGAAGAUGGUGAUUUUUUGCCUAGACCUUAUCAAACGGAACUUGAAGAAAUUGCUACUAAGAAAAAUACUUUAAUUUAUUUGCCAACUGGUUCUGGGAAGACUUUUAUUGCAGUUCGUCUUAUCCAAAGAUUUAGGAAAAGCUUGGAUGGAGAAUGGGGGCAAGGGGCAAAGAGAACAUUUUUCCUUGUCAAUACAGUGCCACUAGUCAAACAACAGCAAAAAGUAAUUUCGGAGUUAUGUCCCGUAAAAGGCGUAAACGGUUAUAGCGGUGAGGACAGAAUAGAUUUCUGGAAUAAACAAAAAUGGGAUGAAGAGUUGCGACAAUACCAGGUAAUAGUGAUGACGAGUCAAAUCCUUUGCGACAUGCUCACACACAAAUACGUUAAGGUCAGCGACAUAAAUCUUUUAGUAUGCGACGAAUGCCAUCACGCGAUUGAUGACCACCCAAUGCGGAUGGUAAUGAAGCAUUUCGAAAACUGCCCCAAGGAGUUUCAGCCAAGAGUUUUGGGAUUAACAGCCACACUACUCAACGCUAACGUCAACCUGCAUAGAGUCGAAGAAAAUCUGCGGAAAUUGGAGACGACAUUCCACGCAACGAUCGCUACUGUAAACGAGCUCGGAGAAGUGUUGACCUAUUCAACGAACCCGUCCGAAUUUGUGAUACCAUAUAAAUCUGGAACAAUUACGAGCGCCGCCGAAGAGGCGGUCAGCCUUCUGAUCGCCCUCGAGAAAUUCGUCCUUUCAGUUAAAUUGCCGGACAAACAGAAUCAGGAGGAUGUGAAAUUGCUUCACGGUCAGAAGAAUAUAACGAGCGAUCCCAAGAAGACUGUAAAGCAGGUCAAGAAUAUGAUAUCGUCAAUUAUUGAGUUCAUAUGGGAGUUAGGGAUUUACGGUGGGAAUAUAAGUGUCCUGGCUUACAUCAUUCUAUUGGAGCAACUCAAGCGCAGGGCACUGACACCGGAUGAGGAAUUGAUGUACAGGUGUUCGAUAACAAGUUUAGUCGAGGUCAGAAUGGUCCUAGAUUAUGCAAUGAGCCACGAGGAAGGUUUUGAGAAGGUAGUAAAGCACUCGUCUGAUAAAGUGAUACAACUUUUGAACGUAUUGAAGGAAUACAAUCCCAGCGUCGUUCAGUCUGAUUCUAAAUUGAAUGUGAACUGCAAUAAGAAUAUGUUAUCCGGUAUCAUAUUUGUGAAGAAAAGAUUCACCGCAAAAGUGCUUUACAACUUACUAAAGGACGUGUCUGAAGUGAAUCAGGAAUAUGCCUUUUUAAAGCACGAUUUCAUUGUUGGUUUCAAUAUUAACCCAUACAACAAUACAAGGGAAGAAUAUUUUACGAAGAAAAAGAGCCAGCAAAUCUUACUUAAGUUUUGUAAUAAAGACCUCAAUUGCCUCAUAUCUACGAGUAUUAUCGAGGAAGGCAUCGACGUUUCGCAAUGCCUUUUGGUUCUGCGUUUUGACCAGCCGGAGGAAUAUCGAUCGUAUAUUCAGAGCAAAGGGCGCGCAAGAGACCCGAAAUCUUCCUUCGUAAUCUUGAUAGAGGAGAAAAAUCACGACAAAUUCAUGAAAAAAUAUAAAGAGUUCCAGAAAAUCGAACAACACAUUCAAAACAUGUUAGUUGGCAAGUCGGAUACGAGGUGCGAGCCGACAGCGCGGGAAAUCACGAAAUGUCUGUACGACGACGAAGAUAUUCCGCCAUACGUGACAGAGCACGGAAAUCGGCUGUCGGCCGUUUCGGCGAUUAGUUUGCUGAAUCGCUACUGCUCCUGUUUACCGCACGACCAGUACACUAUCAUCACGCCGAUGUGGAUAAAGGAGGAGAAAAUGAAUCGCGUGGUCAUCACCAUACUGCUGCCCCUAUCAUGUCCGAUUAAGGAACCAAUUAAAGGUCAACCAAUGCUCGAUUUGAAGAAUGCCAAACGUUCCGCCGCCUUAAAGGCUUGCCAAAAAUUGCAUCAGGCCGGGGAACUGGAUCCGAUCACGAUUCUGCCAAAGGCUUACGGGAAAGUUAAUUACGAGGAACACGACAUAAAGGGAUGCUUCCUCAACUGGCCCUGGGACGACGACGAGGAUGAACGCCACGUGAAUCUUCCAUAUAGCGGCUCCAAAAGGCGGGUGCGGAAACACGCUAGAGUGUAUCCCCAGUCAUUGGAUGGGCCCGUCGAUUGGAAUUGCGGGGAACAAACAUUCUAUCUGCACGUGAUCGAACACCAGACGAUGUUCGAGGAGCCAAAGGACUCCCGCGAGCGAGCUUUGUACAACAUUCUGCAAAGCAACGAAGGCUACGGCUUCCUGACCAACAACGCCCUGCCGAAACUGUGCGACUUCCCGAUGUUCCUAUCGGUCGGCGAGCUGAUGACCUCCAUAAAACUGAACUAUGCAGUGAUAAAACUGAAUCUCGAUCUAUUCGAGUUCAUCAAACAAUUCCAUUUCUUCAUAUUUGAUCAAGUGCUUGAAGUGGCCAAGAAGUUUGUGGUCUUUGAUGGUACCAAAAAUAAUCUUUAUGUGGUGCCCGUUGACAAACUCCGUGAUGGAUAUGACAUCAAUUGGGAUGUAAUCCAAAAAUACAGAGAUAUACCGCCCGUUGCACCACCCGCUUUAGAGACACGAAAAUCUCUGCACGUAACAAAAGACAGCUACGUCGGUAAAGUGGUCACACCUUGGUAUCGCGCCACAAUUUUUCCGGACAGAUAUAUCGUGUCCGACGUACUGGAGUAUAUGAGUCCGUUGUCUUAUUUUGAGACAGACUCGUUCGGGACCUAUGCUGACUAUUACAUGAGUAAAUAUAACUUGGAAGUUGUGGCGAGCAAGGAGCAGCCUCUACUCGAAGUGCGGAACUUCGGCACGCGGGUGAACUGCCUGAUGCCGAGGUCGGCCACGAUCAAAGCUUUCACGGAGAAGCAGAAGAAGCUGGUCUCGGCCGCGCAGGGCGACGACAAGCCGAAGAACUUCGCCGAGAACUUCAUACCGGAGUUCUGCGUCCAGUACGAGUUCCCCGGCGUCCUGUGGUACAAGGCAACCGUGCUGCCCAGCGUGAUACACAGGGUAUUCAUGUUACUGGUCGCAGAGGAACUUCGCGUGGAAAUUGCAGCUGCCACGAACUACGGUCAGCUGAUAUUGGCUAAAGACGAGAAUUGGCUGCCGUUAGAAGUCGAUCUGCAAAUCGCUAUGACGUCUCUGCUAUCGCAAAUCGAAAGCUCGGAUACAGAGAGCGCGCUAAGGAACACCGUUGAUAGAAUAAACAAUCCUAUUGACGAGGCGGCUCGCAAACCUCUCAAGAUAAUCUCGAUGAAGGAAAGCGUCUAUCAACUGCAGAAGCAGAAAAUUGACAAGGAGUACCCGUGGGAGGAGCGUAAAGAGCCGAUAGACAUCGAGCGCAACCUGUCGACCGUCACCGUGAUGGACAUCGAGUGCUACGACGAGUUCAUCACGGCCCCCAUGUUCUCCGGCCCCGAGGGGGGCGUCAUCGGCUCGCCCCUCAACAACGCCCCCCCCACAUCGGCGGCGAUCCUGCCUCCGCCCAUCGUGUACAACGACAAGAUCGAGCUGCUGCAGAGGAGGCCGGCGGGGCGCGGGCCGGAGCUGCGCGAGCUCUUGAGCGCCAUCACGACCGCCAACUCCAACGACGCCUUCGACCUGGAGCGCGCCGAGACGCUGGGCGACGCGUUCCUCAAGUACGCCGCGAGCCUCUACCUCUUCCACAAGUUCCCCGCCCUCAACGAGGGCCAGCUCACCAACAUCAAGUGCCGCCUCAUCGGGAACAGGAAUCUUUACUACGCCGGCGAGAAGGUGCGUUUGGGAGGUCGCAUGAAAAUCGAGUCAUUCAGUCCGAAAUGUGAUUUCCUGGUGCCGGGUUUCUUCGCGCCUAAGUCCGUCAAGGAAUUCAUCGAAAAUAAUCAAGUUAGUUCUUCA